ACACUGAUCAUAAAAUACUUGAAUGCUUUUUCUACUUUCGGUUUUUAUGUUUUGAUAAACUGGAAAACCAUAGCGUGUUAUAAAAUGGUGAUUCUUACAGAUUUGUUGAAUCUUUGGUCACAGAAUGGCUUCAGCAGCUACACAAAGUGCCACAAGCACAGCACAAACAUCUGUCUCAGCACAAACAACUGUCACACCAGCAACUCCGUCUGUUGCUUCAACACAACCAAAUGUGCAGGCUUCACCACCAACAGCAGCCUCAACACAGCCAGUUGUUAAUACCGCGGUAGCUACUGCGGUUUCAACACAACCAAUUGUUACACCUACACAAUCUACUGCUGCUUCAACACAACCAGGAGUGCCAACCUCAUCAUCACCUACAGUUUCAACACAACCUAUUGUAAAUACUGUAGCGGUUACGACGGUUUCAUCACAACUAAGUGGCACACCCGCAAUACCCACGACUGUCGUGACACAAAGCGCGAACCCCCCAGCAACAACAGUUCCGGCUCAGACAAGUGUCAAGCCAUCCGCACCAGUCGUUACUCCUGUAUCACCUUUAACCUUUGCAACUGGAGGAAUGAGCCUUAAGGACAUAGACACACUGUAUGAAACCCCUUGGAGGAAAACAGUCAACUGGAAUGACAUCUAUGAGACAUUGGCCGAGUUAAAAGAUGAAGUUGAAAAGUAUGAGCCUUUGGGAGAUUUGUUAACAGAUGAGGUACAAUUCCCCAAGGUCAAUAUCCUGCUUUUUGGCGGCGUAGGGGCUGGAAAAUCUAGCGUUUUCAACACAUUCAAUUCUAUAUUCCGGGGAAAGAUUUUCAACGUAGCAAGAAGUGGUUCAACAGAACACAGUCUUACAACUAAGUUCACUAGAUAUCCUGUCAUGUCAACAAGUAGGAAAUCACCAAUGCCGCUGAAAUUCCGCGUGUGUGACAUCCGGGGUCUUGAGCAAGACCAUCUUAUGACGAAAGAAAAUAUGCGCUACAUUCUUGAAGGAAAUAUUGCGGACAAGUUUCCUUUUGAUCCAAGUGGAAACCUGUCAGCUGACAUGCCCGGGUUUAACAAGUAUCCAGCCCUUGACGAGAAAAUUCACUGCGUGGCUCUGGUGCAAGAUGCAACAAUCGUUGAUGCCAUGCAAGAUCUGAGUCCAGAAGUAACCGGUAAUAUAAAGGAGAUGCAAACUGUUAUGAAUGGCUUAGAAAUACCCCAGGUUGUGAUAUUGACCAAGAUUGACAGUAUAUGCGAGAAGACAAAGAAUAAUAUUGCAGAUGCAUUUUAUAGUCCGAAAGUUGAAAAUUGCGUCGCAAAGGUAUCUGAAGUUCUUGGUUUGCCUAAAAAUUGCAUAUUCCCAAUGAAGAACUACGAAAAUGAGUACCAACUUGACGCGAACAUUGAUGUGAUGGCUCUUCUCACACUCAAAGGCAUCCUUAACAACUGUGACGCCCACCUCUUCGUCCAUUAUGAGGAGGUCAAAGAGAAGUAUGCAAUUGCAAAUAGACGGAACCCAUGAGAUAAACGUUCACAUUGUUUGGACUCACUUUAGAUGAUGCUACGUAUAGUCGUAUACGUUAUUCAACUGAUACGUUGUUAGUUUAUAAAUAUACAUACUUAAAGACAUUCGAACUAAAUAACUUUGUUGACAGUGUAAUAGCUUUAUCAUUAAAGAAUAUGAUACAUCUGCAUGCGGAAAUACGAGAAAACAAAGAUCGUAGAACGGUUUUUUGACGAAUUGGUACUUAUAGACAAUGAUACGAAACAGCUGUUUGGAAUAUUUUAUUUUUUUUCAUUCCUAUGGAUAAACAGCACAUGCUUUCAAAGAGUAUUUACUAUUUAUUCAUUUUUGAAAUGAUUUCUGAAAUUGGAAUUAUGCGCAAUUUUUCAAGAAAAAGUACAGCUGAAAUAACAGGGUUGAGGAAGUUAUAGAUUUAAACCCAAUGUGAGCCCCCUCUGGAUCCACUACUUCAUUUCUGACAUCAUAUUAGGAUGUAAUAUUCAAAGAUUACUGUGAAAUUUUGAUAUUUCUUGAGUUAUAAAAAAUAUUUGCAAAAAAUCUUAAAAAAUGACAAUGUUAAGAAUGCUAUAGGAAAAGCCAUUUUCCUAGUACGUAGCCGCUAAAAGCCAUUAGUCCAUAGCAGUGUAUGCAUGGAUGUGUAUAUGAUUAACAUAUACACACAAAUACAUAGAAAAGUCGAGGUACGAGGAAAAAAGAGAGGUAUCUCCGGCAAAAAACAUGAUAAUCAAAGCCUUUGUCUCUGGAUGUUUGCUGUAUUAUGACAUAGAACAGCCAGAGUGCUUUUUAUCUGAAUGAUUUAUCAUACAUGUAUGGUGCAUUUGUGAGUCAUGUGAUUAUAUAUAUUAUUUUGUUUCUGAUAUUUUAUUUCGUUUUAUUAAAAAAAGAAUUUCGGUUUGCCAAGUGCACCAAAUGUUUUUAUCCUAUAUUUG